AAGUUCUCAGAGGAUAUGGAAGCCAUGCUCCGCAGGAAAGUGGAGGCUGUCAAGAAUCUAGUAGAGGCUGCUGAGGAGGCUGACCUGAACCAUGAAUUCAAUGAGUCUCUGGUGUUUGACUAUUACAACUCUGUCCUGAUCAACGAGAGGGACGAGAACGGCGAUUACGUGGAGCUGGGGGCUGAGUUUAUCCUCGAGUCCAAUACACACUUCAGCAACCUGAUGGUGAACACCUCCAUCAGCAAUGUGCAGCUGCCCACCAACGUGUACAACAAAGACCCAGACAUUUUAAAUGGCGUCUACAUGUCUGAAGCCUUGAACCCUGUUUUCGUGGAGAACUUCCGGAGAGACCCAACACUGACCUGGCAAUAUUUUGGCAGCUCCACUGGAUUCUUCAGGAUCUAUCCAGGUAUCAAAUGGACACCUGAUGAGAAUGGAGUCAUUACCUUCGACUGCAGAAAUCGUGGCUGGUACAUACAAGCUGCUACUUCUCCCAAGGACAUAGUGAUUGUGGUGGAUACGAGCGGCAGCAUGAAGGGGCUGCGCAUGACUAUUGCCAAGCACACCAUCUCCACCAUCCUGGACACACUGGGGGAGAAUGACUUUGUUAACAUCAUCGCGUACAGUGACUACAUCCAUUACAUCGAGCCUUGUUUUAAAGGGAUCCUCGUCCAGGCAGAUCGAGACAAUCGUGAGCAUUUCAAACAGCUGGUAGAUGAGCUGAUGGUCAAGGGUGUGGGGGUCGUGGACCAAGCCUUGAUUGAAGCCUUCCAAAUCCUAAAGAAGUUCCAAGAGGCCCAGCAAGGAAGCCUCUGCAACCAGGCCAUCAUGCUGAUCACUGAUGGGGCCGUGGAGGACUAUGAGCCAGUGUUUGAGAAGUACAACUGGCCGGACCGCAAGGUUCGAGUUUUCACUUAUCUUAUUGGAAGAGAAGUGACUUUCGCUGACCGCUUGAAGUGGAUCGCAUGCAACAACAAAGGCUACUACACGCAGAUCUCCACUCUGGCAGAUGCACAGGAGAAUGUGAUGGAGUACCUGCACGUGCUAAGCCGCCCCAUGGUCAUCAACCAUGACCAUGACAUCAUCUGGACAGAAGCCUACAUGGACAGCAAGCUCUCCCCUUCGCAGGCCCAGAACAUGAUGCUCCUCACCACUGUGGCCAUGCCAGUCUUCAGCAAAAAGAAUGAAACACGAUCCCACGGCAUUCUUUUGGGUGUGGUGGGCUCUGAUGUGGCCCUGAGGGAGCUGAUGAAGCUGGCACCCCGUUACAAGCUCGGAGUGCAUGGAUAUGCCUUUUUGAACACCAACAACGGCUAUAUUCUCUCACAUCCUGAUCUCCGACCCCUGUACAGAGAGGGGAAGAAACUGAAACCCAAACCAAACUACAACAGCGUGGAUCUCUCUGAAGUGGAGUGGGAAGACCAAGCAGAAACCCUCAGAACAGCCAUGAUCAAUGGGGAAACAGGUUCUCUCUCUAUGGACGUGAAGGUUCCACUGGACAAAGGGAAGAGAGUUCUUUUCCUGACCAACGAUUACUUCUUCACAGACAUCAGUGACACACCUUUCAGCCUGGGAGUGGUGCUGUCCCGGGGCCACGGAGAAUACAUCCUCCUGGGGAACACAUCUGUGGAAGACGGCCUGCACGACUUGCUUCACCCAGAUCUGGCCCUGGCCAGUGACUGGAUCUACUGCAUCACAGAUAUUGACCCUGACCACCGGAAGCUCAGCCAGCUGGAGGCCGUGGUCCGCUUCCUGACAGGGGAGGACCCAGAUCUCGAGUGCGACGAGGAGCUUGUGCGGGAGGUACUGCUCGACGCGGUGGUGACCGCCCCCAUGGAGGCCUACUGGACAGCGCUGGCUCUCAACGCCUCUGAGUAUUCCGAGCAAGUGGUGGACAUGGCCUUCCUGGGCACCCGCGCCGGCCUCCUCAGAAGCACCUUGUUUGUGGGCUCCGAGAAGGUCUCAGACAAGAAGUUCCUGACUCCUGAGGAUGAGGCCAGUGUGUUCACUCUGGACGGCUUCCCCCUGUGGUACCGCCAGGCCGCCGAGCAGCCUGCGGGCAGCUUUGUGUUCAAUCUCCGAUCAGCAGAGGGAGCAGUGAAUGCUCCCAUGAUAGUGACAGCCAGCACAGCUGUGGCCGUGACCGUGGACAAGAAGACAGCCAUCGCUGCAGCGGUGGGCGUCCAGAUGAGGCUGGAGUUCCUGCAGCGCACAUUCUGGGCAUCGACCCGGCAGUGCAGCCCAGUGGAUGGACCCUGCCCAGAGAGCUGCCAGGACAGUGAGCUGGACUGCUUUGUCAUCGACAACAACGGGUUCAUCCUGAUCUCAGGGCGGUCUCAGGAGAUGGGAAGAUUCCUGGGGGAGGUGGAUGGCGCUCUCAUGACCCAGCUGCUCAGCAUGGGGGUGUUCAGCCAAGUGACCAUGUAUGACUACCAGGCCAUGUGCAGACCCCUGAGUCAUCACCCCAGUGCCGCCCGGCCCCUGGUCAGCCCAAUCUCUGCCCUCCUGACCGCUACCAGGUGGCUGGUGAAUGAGCUCUUGCUGAUCCUUCUGGAGUGGAGUGCAUGGGGCUCCUGGCCAGCGGACAGUGGGGCUGAGGCCAAAGCUGUCUUCCAUCACUCCCAAAAGCACAAGAAACAGGACGUGCUGCAGCCGUGUGACACAGAGUACCCUGUGUUUGUGCACCAGACAGCCAUCCGGGAGACCAAUGGGAUCAUUGAGUGUGGAGCCUGCCAGAAGAUAUUUGUGAUGCAACAGAUUCCCAGCAGUAACCUUCUCCUCCUGGUGACAGACCCCACCUGUGACUGUAGCAUCUUCCCACCAGUCCUGCAGGAAGCUACCGAGGUCAAAUAUAAUUCGUCCGUCAAGUGUGACAGGCUACGCUCACAGAAGCUUCGAAGGAGACCAGAUUCCUGCCACGCCUUCCAUCCAGAGGAAAAUGCGCAGGAGUGUGGCGGCACCGCAGACACCUCAGCCUCGCUCCCCAUGCUCCUGCUGCCUCUGUGUGCCUGGGGGCUACCACCCCAGUUGCUGCGGUGA